AUGGAGGAGGCUGAUGCAUACUGUACCGUUGACAACAAACAUAUCCAGAAAUUGCUCAUAUCACAUUCUGUUUGUUAUUGGUAUCUGCACCCCCAUAUAGAAGUGUGUUUUAUAGCUAUCAGUGGUCUCCGUCCAAGGCAGAUUGAGGAAAUAGUUUCCGAACACAACGCUUACAGACGUCUGGUAGCUCAAAGAUACAACAUAUCAAACAUUAACAAACUGAUAUGGAGCAGUGAUCUUCAUAACAGAGCGCGUCAUUUAAUCGCAUGCAGUCACAAGUCACGGAGGACGCGUGCGUCACACGAGAGUCUGGGACGCAGUAGAUCAGGCGGCGUCCGGUCUGUACUGACCACGUGGUUCGAGGAGAGCAGACACUUCUUACCCGAACACCAGGCGUGUCUUCCCUGGGACAGCUGUGACAGGUUCAGGCGGAUGGUGAAUGCCGAUCAGACUGCUGUAGGCUGUUCCGUGACGUCAUGCGGCCCUUCGGAACACAGACACCGGGUCUUGUUAUGUCUUUACGAGGGAGGAUCCGAGGACACGUUUAGCUUCAAAACUGGGCCGAGUUGUACUCACUGCGGCGAUUCGGCGCCAUUUUGUGAACAAGAUCUGUGUGUUCCAUGCAACGACCACAACGGCAACUGUGAUUGUCGAAAGACCUGCUAUCGAGAUGGUAUCGGGAAUGGUGCUCUGAACGCCACCACGUGUAUUUGUACAUGUCAGUAUGGGCUUGGACCCAACUGCGAUUUGGAGUGCAAGAACCCCGAGCUGUACGAAGACUACGACUACUGCAGCACGCUCACCAACGACGACUGUAACGACCCGGAUGUUGACCUCAGAGCAACCCUGAGGGAGUAUUGUCCGGAGCAGUGUGUCUGUCAUCCACUGCCGUCAGCAUCACGAGUGUCGUCGGUCGAGGAUUAAGGCAACGAAAACACAAAACUGACUCAGUGUGUGGCAUUCCUUGGCCAUAAUGAAGGACUUUGUUUCACGAUGGUGCCCAGUGAUUGCGACAGUUGUUAUACAACAGUGUUGGUGCUGGUGUGGUCUCCGCUAAGCCGUUGUUCGCUGGACUCGUAGACAGAUGCGGUGUUUGGUAUUUUAUAAGACUGAUGAUCAAACUUUCGUUAAACCCCGUGUUCACAUCCAUGUGCAUGUGUUAACUUUUUAACUAUUCUAAUAAAGUAUCAAAUCUGA